AUGGAGCACAGAGGUGAUGAUGAUGAUGAUGAUGUGUCUUUUGCCAAGUGGAUGAGCAGCUUCUGGGGCCACAGCUGGAUAGAGGAGGAUGAGAGAGGACUCCGGGACCGCCGAGGAUCACACCACACCAGUUACAGGAAAGCUUCCCUGCCCUGCCCAUCUCUUUAUAUUGUAAACAUUUUUAUUCUAUAUUCCCAGUUUCCUGUGCUUCCCAGCGUCACAUCACAUGACAGCCAUCCUAGAAGGCAUUCUCAUGAGGACCAGGGAUUUCGAUGCCAUACCCACAUGAAGGAUUACAGAAAACACUCACAGGAUGGGCCAUUCAGGGACCCGCUGGAAUCAAACAGAAGAUUCCAUUCCAAAACUCGGGCAUUUUCAGAGUCCUUUGAGCAACAACUGUGCUUUAGAACCAAACGUUCUGUGUCUUUGGGACCCGAGAGCAGAAAGGACAGAAAUGAAAGAGAAUGCCUGCGGAUGGAGACGAGAUCCCGUAAGAAGGUGGAGGAAAGGAGGAGCUCUGGGAGGGAAGAGCAUGCAGAAGCACACACGGUUCCUCUCUUGGAGCAAGGACCCAAAUAG